CCUGGAAACAAUAAUAAAAAAGUGAAUUGUUUGGCCGCUUUAAAAAAAAAAAAAAUUGGCUUGCAGUCUUUUGGAGACAGGAUUAUUUCUUCCACAUUUCCACAAAAGUAUGGAAAAUGAAAACCUAUUUCUCCAGUGGAGAAAUUAAAUUAUCCUGGAAAUUUGGAGCCAAUCACUUCUUUGCUUCUAGCUAGAGCAACGCCCCCAUGUGACCCUACCAACCAACCAAAUUUCUAUAUCCUUUUCCAUUUGGUUGGUAUGGUCACAUGGAGGCGCACAAAUGUUUAUCUCUGCUAACUUACACAGUUAAUAAAAGCACGUCACCUUAAAAAAAAAAACAUAAAUUUGACCUCGGCUGAAGCUGCCGAUCGUCACUCUUGAUGUUCACUUCAGGCUGCAGGCCACGGUUUGAGCAACAGAAGACGCAGGGCCCCAGUCUCCCUGAUCUCUCUGAACAGAUCACCAACAGCUCACGGCGUUGUAGUUCAAACUGUGCCAUCUUCCCUCUACAGAUUGAAAAACGACGUUCCACCUAAAACCGUCGUCUUUUCAUUUAUUUGUUUGUUUCGUUAUUGACACAGCACACAACUGCAAUCAUAACAGCAUCAACUGUCGUCAUAAGCUGAUUUCAGAUCAGCCAGACAGUAUGACUUCAAGGAUCAGUGGAUGGCAGAUUAUGGGGAUUAAUCUUCACGGGCAGAUUCUACUCUUAGCAGCUUUCAGCGAAAGUUGCUGCCCAAGCAGGGAUGAAGUCUGCGUCUGUCAAGGAGCUUAGGUCCAACCACCUUGUCCUCUGAAGCCACAUAUGCUCCAAAGGUGUUCACAGCUACAGAAUAAAAGACUGUGAACACUGUCCAGUGAUGCAUGAGACUCACCCUGAAUAGCUAUGGCCAUGAACUGAUCUCAGAAAAGCAAAAUAAUCUUUUUAAUCCACACGGCUGCUAUGUGCUCAGCAAUCUUCCCCACAUGUGGAGGCUGCAGCUGUGCAUGUCCAGAGACAAAAGAACAUUUACUCCACCUUCCAUCUUUUUUUUUUUGUCAACCUCCUCUCAACCAUUCAUGAUGCUCAGCUCUAAUGCCACAGCCGUAAGGACACAUGUCAUAUCCUGUCCAAUAGUGACGGCUGUGUUUGGUAUCAGCAGCCAGUCAAACCCACUCUGGCUUCUGUUCAUCAUAACUUAUGUAAGAUUUCUUUUUAAUAACAGAAUAUGUCACUGUACUGUAUUGAGACGACGUGUAUGUCACUAAUAUCUGUCCAUCUCUGCCAUUAGGAUUAAAGGGCUUUAAACCAGCGUUUGAAUGGAUAUUAAAAUGUGUUCGCAGCCCCAUGAUUUUAUAAUCUCACUAAAAAAAAAGUAUUUUUUAUUGUGGUGAAUAUAAAUGUUAGACAGCUGCAGGAAAAGGAAAUUGUGAAAUAUUCUUUUUUUAUUUUUGUAACAAUUGACGACAUUAGCCAGAAAAUAAUAAGCGAAGCUACAGUCACAAUGUCAAAGGAAUUCUUAAAGUCAACCUAAAAUUUACAUUAAAAUGAAUUUAAAAUGUAUCUGACAUGUAUUUUUGCCAUUAGGUACAUUUGUUUUUACAUUUUAUAGGUACAUUACAUUAUUUAUUAUUUUAUAGGUACAUUACAUUUUAUUGUUACCAUGUAAAUAAAAUACAGUAAAUAAUAAACAAGAAUGGCAAAAAAAAGAAACAGAAGCAGAACCAUCCAAAAUCUAUUUCACUCUGGAUAGUUAUAAAAACUGUCCACGUUCACACUCCCAUUCACACACUCCUCUCACACACCAGGCUUUAUACUGGUCUUUCUCUAACUGUAAGGCAAAUAGCACUGACCACUGCUACACCGUGUGGCCAUUUGCUUAACAACAAUGUUUUUUGAAACAACAUAAAUUUGUGCUGUGUUUUAUAAUAUUUCAUCUCUAUUAUGUCUGUUGUUAGACGGUAGGACGAAGCUGAAGAAAUAAGAAUAAAAAUAUGUGUGUUUAUGACAUACACAGUGUUGUGUGUGUGUGGGUGUGGUUUCUGUUGUUCUAGUUUAAAUUGUAGACUAAAUCUUCUCAUGUUCCCUUCCUAGCAGGUGAGAGAUGCCCAGGCGUCAUUGGUGUGGCUCCAACGUCACAGGAAGUUCCAGGUGGGGUCCUGUCUUGGAAAUCACGGUGUUAUUUAUUACUUGGUUUAUAUACAGUGAGACUACUGGAUACAGUCGAUGAGAUCAAAUUCUUGGGAAUCGACCUGCCCUGACCCUGAGGUCUUCCAGAAAUGACAAAAACCCUCAGCAUUAAGACACUUGUUAACCAGAGGCUGAGGAUUAUCUACCUGUCAGCAUCAUCAUCAUCCUACUGCCUCUAACUUGGCGAAAUGGUGGAUGAUGGAUGGACAAUGUGGUGACUGAUACAGGAGCAGGAAUUGGCUGAUGGGAGAAGAGAGAGAGGGAGAGAGAGAGAUGAUCCAUGCGUAAAUCCCAGUCCAGAGUCAGAGUGAGGGUCAAAUCCUUUGACAACGUGACGUCCUACAGACGCGUGCUGAACAGCGUGUUAGCUUCGACGAUGGUAGAGUUGUGACAUUUCGACACUGGGCUGAUCUGAGUGACACGCGGCACCAAAUGGGACCCUCAGCCGACCUGCCGUGUUCGGGAAACAGCAGCAGCUCGCGCGUCUCCUCGGCCCUGGACACAUGAACUUUUCGGCUCCUCGGCGCAGCCUCGUCCUCUCUGCAUCGUCUCCAGACGGAACAUGAAGACCACUCGCAGAUGCAGGACCCUCCUGUCGGUGAGCCUCAACUUCUUCGCCCUCUUCUUCUCCAUCACCGCCUUCAUCACCACCUACUGGUGCGUAGGAACCCAGAGAGUACCCAAGCCGAAGUGCAGCAAGCUGCGGACGCACCAGUGCAUCGACUACGGCGUGAAUGAGACCGACCCCAACAAGGUGGUCUACAGCUGGGAGACUGGGGACGACCGCUUCCUCUUCCGCCAGUUUCACACCGGCAUUUGGUUCUCAUGUGAGGAGAACAUCGACGACGAAAGUGAGAGAUGCCGAAGUUUUAUCGAUUUGGCUCCUGCCUCAGAGAAAGGGAUGCUGUGGCUGUCACUGGUCUCUGAGAUGCUGUACAUUGUUCUGCUGGUGGUGGGCUUCAGCCUCAUGUGUUUGGAGCUGGUCCACUCCAGUAAUGUCAUUGAUGGACUCAAGCUCAACGCCUUCGCUGCUGUCUUCACUGUGCUCUCAGGUCUUCUUGGUAUGGUGGCGCAUGUGAUGUACACGCAGGUCUUCCAGGUCACAGUCAGCCUUGGUCCUCCGGACUGGAGACCCUACAACUGGGACUAUGGCUGGUCCUUCUGCAUGGCCUGGGCCUCCUUCACCUGCUGUAUGGGCGCCUCCGUCACCACCUUAAACUCCUACACCAAGACUGUCAUUGAGUUCAGGCACAAACGCAAGACCUUUGAGCAAAGCAUCCGAGAGGAGCACGCCAGGGAGGCGUUUGGAUAUUUCAGAGAACGCUCUGUUCAUUCUAUUUCUAAAUCUGUGGAGGUUUACUCCAGCCGGAGCGGCCGGAGAACGCCCAUACCUGCAGACUCGCUGGACCUGAGCGACAUCGCAAACUCUUUAGGAGAAGAACAGUGCUGAGAAAGGCAGGACAGAAGGUGGCGCUGGAGCCUGGCAGCUGAAUGGAAGAUUGCAGUUGUUAGUUCCUUCUCUGUGAGCUGGAUGUACCAUGGGCUGUACAGGUCUGCACUGCCUUAACCUGCACAGGUCACACAGCUUGGUGUCAACAGCGGACGGUGCAGCUGAGAAGUGGAAAAUAAAAAAUAAUCUCACCUCA